AUGUCCGCCCAUUACGCAACAGAACCAAACCCCACAGCCUCAGCAACCAUAAACACAACCUUCGGCCCCCUCCACAUCUCCCUCUUCGCAACACAAACCCCCCUAACAUGCCGGAACUUCCUCCAACACUGCCAGGACGGCUACUACACUGACACGAUCUUCCACCGCGUGGUGCCCGGCUUCAUCAUCCAGGGCGGCGACCCGACGGGCACAGGUUCAGGGGGUACAUCGAUCUACGAGGACCCUGAGUUCGAAUACGACCCGGAGGCGCGGGACCCGAACGAGAAGGUCGUGCUCCGCGAUGAGCUGCACAGUCGGUUGCGGUAUAACCGGCGCGGGCUGGUGGGGAUGGCGAAGAGCGAGGACGGGAGUUACGGAAGUCAGUUCUUCAUUACGUUGGGGAAUACGGAGCGGGAGUUGAACGGCCAGUGUACGCUUUUCGGGCGCAUUGAAGGUGAUAGUAUUUACAAUAUGGUGAAGAUUGCAGAGGCGGAGAGGGUAGAGGGGACGGAACGACCCGUAUACCCUGUGAAGAUCACAUCCUGUGAGAUCGGGGAGUUAGGACCGCUAGCAGGAAAGAUCAAGAAGCGGCAGAUCACUGCGACGCGAACCGCAAAGACAGAAGACAAGCCGGCGCCGAAAAAGAAGAAGAAGAAUAAGGGAGGCAAGACACUCCUGAGUUUCGGCGACGACGGCGACGGCGACGAAGAUAUGCCCAUUCGACCCGCGAAACCGAAGUUCAACUCCAGUCUCGUGACAGACACAAACAUCCCCGAAUCCCACAAACCAGCCCAAGAACCGGCGAAACCAACAAAGAAACGCCCGCGCUCUCCCUCCCCAGAGCCCACAAAACAUCGCCCCAAAACCCCCGAACCAGAGACCCAGCUCCCCCUCCCCAAACCCGAAUCGCCAGACCGCUCCCCCUCACCAGCACCAGCACCAAAGCAAUCCUUCCUCUCGCGCACCAAUGCCGAAAUCGAGAAUCUCAAGGCUUCUAUGCGCAGAACAGCUCACACCGGCCCGGCAGAUACAGGGCACAAAAAAUCCGCCCUGGAAGCCAUGAUCCCCGAGACGGCCAUCCGCGGCCGCAAACGCCCUCCACCGGGCACAUCGGCCUCAACUAACGGCUCAAACGGGAUAACGGGCUUCAGCAGCUCAGCGGACAACGAGACACUUAAACUCUUCAAUGCGUUCAAGGCCAAGCUUGAAAGUGCCGAUUCAACGUCCGCAUCCACGCACAAGACCACAUCCCAGGAUACCAAGCCUUCCACUGAGACGCAGGAAGCGGAUGACGAGGAGGCCCAGCUCUGCGAUCUUCACUUUAUCGCGAAUUGCCAAUCUUGUAAAUCAUGGGAUGAUGAUCAGACCGCAGAGGGCGGGAAGGCUGGUGCUGCGGCGGAGGAUGAGGAGGGCUGGUUGACGCAUGAGUUGCGCUUUGGUAAGGAUACGCUGGGUAAGGAUUUGAAUUGGAAACGGGAGCAUCAGGAUGCGGACUCGCUUAUGGUGAUUGAUCCGCGAGAGAAGGAGAAGGAAUAUGUUGGAGGGAAGCGGAGAGGGCUUGAAAGAGAUCGGGAACGAGAUAGGAAGCGCGAGCGUGCAGGUAACCUGGAAUGGGAUAAGGCACGGAGAGGGAAAUAA